GCUCCGCCCCGGAUCCUGGGGAGCCCGACCCAGUUUCCUCUUCCUGGGUCGCGACCCCGUCUCGCUUGGCUGCCCCGGCCCAUGGCGGCUGUGGCGAGCGCUUCUCCCGGCGGGGCGAACGUCGGGGAGCAGCGGGGCGGGCAGGAGCAGACGGCGGGCGCGGCGGGGCAGCGGCAGGCGCUAGGACCCAGGUUUGCGUAUGAGCCCGAGAACAUGUCUUCUCCGAAACUCUACAUCCUACAGCCUUGGAUCGCCAACCUCUUGGUGAAUUAUGAGCAGCUGGAUGACAGUGAGAAUCUCCUGGCCGGGCAGGUCCUGCGGGUUUUGAGUGACUCAAGUGCUCCAGCCCAACCUGAGGUCCCCCAAGAUGCCGUCCUACAGGUCUCAGAUGGGUCCUACUACAUCCGCGUGGUCAUUACGCCCGAAGCUCUGCAGGCGGAGGAAAACGCCCACACGCAGCUCAGGCUUUCCAGCCUUAUUUGCAGAAUUAUCGUCCUGCAGAAGUACACGGUGUGUUUCCGGGAGGAGGCCAGGCUGGUAAGUGCUCUGGAGGACUGCGAGUUUUACCUCACGGUCCAGCGGUUCAUCGUGCUGCCCAUGGAGAGGCAGAGGUUGGAGUCAUCUGACGGGAACCAGGAGCCCUCUGUGCUGCAGAAGAUCAAGGAGCUCUGGCUGAGGAGUCUGGCGCUGAAGAACGCUCCCAGCUCAGAGCCAUCCAUCUCUCAGCUGAUUGAUGCCAUGGGCCAGGACCAGCUGGAGGUUUUGAAGGCAAAUGCUGAGGAAUGCUUGGAUUUACAGAUGUCCAAGGAGACCCCAGCAGCGGUGAGGGACGAGGUUCCCGUCACCCAGUGGGAGGCAGAGCGCAAGAAGGAGCAGGGUGAGGACGUCUUCAUGGUCCCAGCCAACAUCCUGGUGAUCCCUCCUGAGGAGGCGGCGGUGGCUUGCGAUGCUUCCAAGGCGGACACGUGCGAAGCAAUUCCCAGGAAGAGUGGCGAUGAGACGACGGUGCCGGGUGACCCAGGUGUCAUAUCCCAAGCCAGCUCCGCCGAGUCAACAGCCUUGUCGGAGAGCUCGGAGGGAUCCCUGGACAACCCCUGGAACAGGCUUCCCCCGAUAUCUUUGACCCUGAACUCUUCGGAUGAGAAGACCUCUCAACAAGACGUUCCGCCAAAGACCCAGCAAGAUGUGGCUGCUGACAGCAACACCCCGGACUUGCUGGAACAGUGUAGCCAGGACUCUGCCGAGGGCUUGCCGCAGGGAGAGCCGGUGCAGACCUCCUCUCCCUCCCUGCUCUGCUCCUACAGCAACAUCAGUCCGGUGGAGACCGACGCCACCCGGGCACCACCAGCUGCGGAGGCGGCCUGCCACGGUCCCUGCGCUGCUCCAAGCCCGGAGGUAUCGGGGUGCUCUCAGGCCCCCCUGCCAUCUCCUUCUCCUCCUUUUUCCAUCACACCCAGCAGCCGCUUGCAGCCCCUGCCCGAAGAGGUGCCGCACAGGGAGCAGGCGGACUCCAGCGGCACGGCUUUCCCUCCAGAUACAUUGAAGCAUGAUCCGGCUCGUGACAGGAGCCGGAGAGGAGGCGCUGUGCGUGCCAAGAGGAAGCUGCUGGCAGGAGAUGGCCAGGCGCUGCCGGCCCUCGAUGGGCAGCAGCAUCCCCAAAAUGCCCUGUGGGGCAGGGGGAGAGACACGGGCGGGAGGCUGGAGCUCGCGAGAACGCGGCACGCGAAGAAGAGCAGAAAGGAGACGGGGCUGCAGCAUAGAAAGGAGCUCGAGGAGGAGGAGGAGGAGGAGGAGGAGGAGGAGGAGGAGGAGGAGGAGGAGGAGGAAGAGCAAGCAUCCCCGACGAGCGGCCCCAUCUCCAGGCCGGAGCAGCACAGAGCUCUGCAGCCGUACGUGAAGACGAAGCGGGUCCAGUACAGAUACGAGGCGCCGAGCCCCGAGCUCUGCGAGCGGAUAAGAUCCGUCAGGAUCUCCAAGGCGAUGGUGAAGGGGGCGUGCUGGAUACUCAUGGAGAGGGAGGUGGACUCCUGAGCCCAGCCCGUCCUUCGUUUCUUCACUGGUUCAGCAAAAAUAAUUUCGAGCUGCCUGGGAAGAGCAGUUGGGGAAGGCGGCGGGGGGGGGGACACACACACACGACACGACACACCAGGACCCUGUCCCUAAAGGGACUGCUGAAUGGCUUGGCCUGGCUGCGGAGACCCUGGCUGCAGAGAUGCUGGGGACAUGACCUGUUCGAGGCCAGCACCCUCAGUGCUAAGGGGGGAAAAAAGCACCCGUUCAGGGACGCCUGUGCGUGAGCCGGCGUCCCCCUCCCACCUCUCCAUCCCUUCCAAACACCCUGGCCCGGCGAGCGGGGACAAGAGAUGACCCGGUGCCACUGUAGUAGGGGCAACAGUGAUGGCAGAGGCCCCACAGCCUGAUCCCCACUCCGAAGGCAGCACAGGAGUUUGGAGGUUUGGGUCCUGCACUGUUUGUUGGAAAAAAAAAAUAUCCCGCAGGGUUAUG